AUGGUUUCUCAGAAUUCAGAUCAAUCUGAACCUCCUCCAGGGAUUGAGAGGGAUUCUUGGCAUUUUGGGAGGGAUGAGGAUCGUGCUAGCAUUGCCGUUACGGGUUGCAAAAAUUCUAAAAAAGAUAGGGUAAGAUCUGUAUUAGCAGAUCCUGUUGCACUUGCUUCUGAAACAAUUUUCACUGUCAGUGAAGUAGAAGCUUUACUGAAUCUAUACAAGAAAUUGAGCUGCUCUAUCACUAACGAUGGGCUGAUCCAGAAGGAAGAACUCUUGCUGGCACUUUUCAACAACUAUAAGAAGAAAAACCUUUUUGCAGACAGGGUAUGUUCUUUUACCAACUUCCGAACCCCCGGAGGAAGGAAGAAUGGAUAUACUUAGGUUCAUGGUCAGGGGCGGAGCUAGUGUCCAAAUGGAAUUAUACUAGGUUGUUAUUGUUGUUGUCGUUCCUGUCUUCUGUCCUUAGAUUUUCAAGCUAAUUUCUUAAUAGCAGUUGUGACUGAUUUUUCCUUUGUCGCCUUAUUAUAGGAAGAACUCUUGCUGGCACUUUUCAAGAACUAUAGUGUGUGGGUUACGAAUUCGGCCGAGCCCAAUAACUUUGGUUUAAAUCCUGUAUUUGUCUUAAGAAAUCUAUUGGAUAUGUACAAAAUUAUUAGCUUUGAACCCAACAACUUAGAAGGACUAGAAUCUCGAAACUAUAAGGUUCAAAUCCUAGCUCCGCCUAUGUUCGUGGCAGGUCUAAAAGGGUGUGCACAUGUCUGAGAGUUCUGCGUUCUUUAUUCUGGAGUGUGUUUCUUGAUUAUUUAGUCGUUUCAGCACUCCCGAACCAGCAAGACUAAUGUCUACUUAUACCUUUGAGAGGUCCACUUAUACUAUUGAUAAAGUCUCUUAAUUAAUAAGGCCCCGGUUGUUAUAUAAGAUUCAAUUCAAUCUAACAAGCGGACUACCUUCGGCUACUACAAGAUCUUUAUAAACCAAAGAAUGAGCCUACUUUACGCACUUCCGCACUAAGCAGGCAAGGCCAACUACACAAGCAAGAAGGCAUCGCCUGUGGCUUCCAAUCCAAUGACAAGCAAAAGACGAAGAAGUAACUUACUAUAUUUGAUGCCGAGCAGAAUGGGCAAAUUGACUUUGAAGAAUUUGUACGAGCAUUGAGCAUUUUCCAUCCAAGAACUCCUGAAU